CCAUCGCAAACCCAACAAAACCACCAACGUAUAAAUACCAAACUCACUUUUCCUCAUCACUCACUCUUUUUCUUCUACUUUCAUCUAUGGAACAAAUUACACUCUCUCAACGUCACCACCAAGAUUCUCUUUUUUCAGAUUGCGAGAGCACUGUUUCCGGCUCGGGAAUGGUGCCGCCAGAACACUCUUCUUUCGUUAGGCUUCCGGAAGCUCAUGUGCUUCACGACCUUAUCAAGACACGCUUCAUUCGUGGGCUGGGCCUGCUCGGGCCCAAAACGGAGGUUCUUUCCGUUCACCGAAACGCUUGUUCCGGCGUCGUUUCCCAGGCGCGGCUCCACUCGUUUCUGCUUCUCGCUAGGGCCGUGGCGGAGCUGCGUGAAGGGAAUGCCAACGUCAGGUACGCUUGGUACGGAACUCGCGGCGAAGACGACGUAAACGACAUCGUUUCUCACGGGUUUUCCCACGCCCACGGUCCUCAACUACUUCUCUCCCCCGAUGACGCUCCUCUCCAAAGUGUUAGAGAGUGUGUGGUUGGGAAAGACGGUGUGAGGCACGCACUACUGUGCCGCGUUAUUCUAGGGAGAUUGGAGCUUGUUGACGAUGGCACAGAACAAUGUUAUCCAAGUUCCGAGAAGUAUGAUUCUGGGGUGGAUAGUUUUUCAGCUCCCAGCAAGUACAUGAUUUGGAGUAAUCGCAUGAACACUCAUGUCUUGCCUGCAUAUGUUGUAAGCUUCAGGGUUCCUCCUUUCAAAGGCUUUGAGAAGAGUGAAGAAGAAUUUUUGAGACCUACUUCCCCUUGGAUGCCAUUCCCAACUCUGAUUUCUGCGCUUUCAAAGGUUUUGGCUGCUCGUGAUAUUGCUCUAAUCUCUAAGUUCUACAAAGAUAAAAGAGAGAAGAAGAUUUCACGACAGGAACUUAUAAAAAGAGUGAGACAAAUAGCAGGUGACAAGUUGCUGUUUGCAGUCAUCAAAUCUUUCAGAGAAAAGAAGAAACAAAGGUUUCUACACAAACAAGGUCAAAGAAUGGCUUAGCAACGACACAUGAGUUCUAAUGCUGGGUUGACACAACCCUAAACUUCAUAACCAAACUUACACAGAUGACACACGAAACUGCUUUGAAAGCAUAUCUGACCCUGUUUUCUCUUGUUUUGUAAUUUCUAGUUUUCUACUCUGAUGUCAUCCAUGAAUACAAAUAGGUUAUGAUGGUCUCAUUGACCCACUGUCCUUCAUAUUGUACAGACUAAUUUUCUUUUGCUUCUUUUUUCUCUUCGAAUAUAUUAUUUCUUCAUUAUCACA